AUGGGGAACCGCGGGAUGGAAGAUCUCAUCCCGCUGGUCAACCGGCUUCAGGACGCCUUUGCCGCCAUCGGGCAGAACGCCAACCUCGACCUGCCGCAGAUCGCCGUGGUGGGGGGGCAGAGCGCCGGCAAGAGCUCCGUGUUGGAGAAUUUCGUCGGGAGGGACUUUCUGCCACGUGGAUCUGGCAUCGUAACCAGGCGCCCACUGGUCCUUCAGCUGGUAAAUGCCAGCACAGAAUAUGGCGAGUUCCUACACUGCAAAGGAAAGAAAUUCACUGAUUUUGAGGAGGUCCGUUUGGAAAUUGAGGCUGAAACAGAUCGUGUUACUGGCUCCAACAAAGGGAUUUCCCCUGUGCCCAUCAAUCUCCGAGUCUACUCUCCCCAUGUCCUGAACCUGACCUUGGUGGAUCUGCCCGGUAUGACAAAGGUCCCUGUAGGGGAUCAGCCCCCUGACAUCGAGUUCCAGAUCCGAGACAUGCUCAUGCAGUUUGUCACCAAAGAGAACUGCCUCAUCUUGGCAGUAUCCCCAGCCAACUCUGAUUUGGCCAAUUCUGACGCCCUGAAGAUUGCAAAGGAGGUGGACCCUCAAGGCCAGCGCACCAUUGGGGUCAUCACCAAGCUGGAUCUUAUGGAUGAAGGAACUGAUGCACGAGAUGUAUUAGAAAACAAAUUGCUUCCCCUUCGUAGGGGUUACAUUGGGGUAGUCAACAGAAGUCAGAAGGACAUAGAUGGCAAGAAGGACAUUCAAGCAGCUCUGGCUGCAGAGAGAAAGUUUUUUCUGUCCCACCCAGCCUACAGACACAUGGCUGAUCGCAUGGGAACCCCCUUCCUGCAGAAAGUACUGAACCAGCAACUGACCAACCACAUCCGUGACACGCUGCCAGGGCUGCGGAACAAGCUCCAGAGCCAGCUCCUCUCCAUUGAGAAGGAGGUGGAGGAGUACAAGAACUUUCGUCCUGAUGACCCUGCUCGCAAGACCAAAGCUCUGCUUCAGAUGGUCCAGCAGUUUGCUGUGGACUUUGAGAAACGCAUUGAAGGCUCUGGGGACCAAAUUGACACCUAUGAGCUGUCGGGUGGAGCUCGGAUCAACCGCAUCUUCCAUGAGCGUUUCCCCUUUGAACUGGUGAAGAUGGAGUUUGAUGAGAAGGAGCUGCGGCGGGAGAUCAGCUACGCCAUCAAGAACAUCCACGGUAUCAGAACCGGUCUCUUCACACCUGACAUGGCCUUUGAGACCAUUGUGAAAAAGCAGGUGAAGAAGAUUAAAGAACCUUGCCUGAAAUGCGUGGACAUGGUCAUUUCGGAGUUAAUCAAUACUGUUAGACAGUGCACCAAGAAGCUCAGCCAGUACCCUCAUCUGCGUGAGGAGAUGGAGAGGAUUGUCACCACCCACAUCCGUGAGAGAGAAGGCAGGACCAAGGAUCAGGUCAUGCUUCUAAUAGACAUUGAGCUGGCUUACAUGAACACAAACCAUGAGGAUUUCAUUGGCUUUGCCAAUGCUCAGCAGAGGAGCAGCCAGAUGAGCAAGAAGAAGGCAGCUGGUAACCAGGAUGAGAUCCUGGUGAUCCGGAAAGGCUGGCUCACUAUCAACAACAUUGGGAUCAUGAAGGGUGGCUCCAAGGAGUAUUGGUUUGUCCUGACAGCGGAGAACCUCUCCUGGUACAAGGAUGAUGAGGAGAAGGAAAAGAAGUACAUGUUACCAGUGGAUAACUUGAAGCUGCGAGAUGUGGAGAAGGGCUUCAUGUCCAGCAAGCACAUCUUUGCUCUCUUCAACACUGAACAGAGGAAUGUUUACAAGGACUACCGGCAGCUGGAGCUGGCCUGUGAGACCCAGGAGGAGGUGGAUAGCUGGAAGGCUUCCUUCCUUCGUGCAGGAGUCUACCCAGAGCGUGUUGGGGACAAGGACAAAGCCAGUGAAGCAGAGGAGAAUGGAGGAGAUAGUUUCAUGCACUCCAUGGAUCCUCAGCUGGAGAGACAAGUGGAAACGAUCAGGAACCUGGUAGAUUCCUACAUGGCAAUUGUCAACAAAACCAUCAGAGACCUCAUGCCGAAGACAAUCAUGCACCUCAUGAUAAACAAUACCAAGGACUUCAUCCAUUCAGAGCUGCUGGCAAACCUGUACUCCUGCGGUGACCAAAACACGCUGAUGGAGGAGUCGGCGGAGCAGGCCCAGCGACGUGACGAAAUGCUGCGCAUGUACCACGCCCUGAAAGAGGCCCUCAACAUCAUCGGGGACAUCAACACCAGCACCAUCAGCACCCCCAUGCCCCCACCGGUGGACGACUCUUGGCUGCAGGUGCAGAGCGUACCGUCCGGACGCAGGUCCCCCACGUCCAGCCCCACGCCGCAGAGGAGAGCUCCUGCAGUGCCCCCCGCCAGACCUGGGUCUCGCGGACCAGCUCCUGGGCCACCUCCUGCUGGUGGGUCCGCUCCCCCUGUGCCCUCCAGGCCGGGUGCCUCUCCUGAUCCCUUUGGGCCCCCACCUCAGGUUCCUUCUCGGCCUAAUCGUGCUCCUCCUGGUGUUCCCAGCCGGCCGGGUAAGGCCAGUCCCGCCCGCCCGGAGAGCCCAAAACCACCAUUUGACAUGUAAGCCUGCUCCCUCUGAGACUCUUUGCCUGCCUCUUAGCUGUUCUGUCCUGGAAUGGUCUGACUCCAAUCUCACACAUGGCUUCAUGGCUUGUUUUGUUUGUAAUUUGUGACACACACAUAUCAGAUGUGAUUGUAGUGAAACUGUUUUUGGGAUUUUUUUUUUUUUUUUUUUUUUUUUUUUUUUUUUUUUUUUUGGUUUGGGUUGUUUUGUUUGUUUUUUUUUUUUCCUUCCCAGCUGCUUAAAGGAGUUAAACAAGUAUAUUGUAGUAAUGAAAAACAUAUCUUUACUGUUAUAAAUAUCUAUAAAUAUAUAUAUAUAAGAUGAAAAAUCUAUAUAUGUCCAGGUGUUAAAAGCCAUUUGUGCUUCCAUGUGAAUUUUAGGAAAUACUUAAGUAGUAAAAGAAUAUCUAUAUACAUAUAUAUAUACACCACAUCCAAAAAAGUUAACCAAAUCCCAAUGUUGAGAUUUUGAGCUGAUUGUUAAAUUCUCUGCUGUGUGCAGUUGGGUUGUUGUAUUACCCCAGACUUGUGGGUGAACUGUCUCAGUGCUGGUAGUAGCUGUGAUGCAGUUUGUGAUCUACCUGUCACUCUUGUUUACUGGAUGAAAUAAACUCUCAUUUCUGUAUAAUGAAGGUGUCCAUGACUAGAAUAAAACCAUCUCUCUUUCUCUUGCUUUUUCUCUGGGUGGUUUUCAAGCUGUGUUUGAUUAUAACUUCCUAUUUUCAUCCCAUAGAGUUAACAAGUUGUACAUGCCAUCAGGGGCUGUCACUGAUAGGGAAGGGGGAGCAGAGAUCAUCAGCACUGUCUAGGAGCUGCAUUAGAGUGAAACAGCUUGUCAGGUGCAGAAAGGUAAAUCUCUGUGCAAA